AUGGGCCGCGGGAGGGUGGAGAUCAGGCGGAUCGCCAACGACGUCUCGCGGCGGGCCACCUUCGGCAAGCGCAGCGCCGGGCUGCUCAAGAAGGCGCGGGAGCUCGCCGUGCUCUGCGACGUCGACCUCGGCGUCCUCGUCUUCGACGGCGCCGGCAGCGGCAGGCACGCCCACUACUGCAGCCCCAACACCAGCUGGACCGAGCUAAUGCAGCGCUACGACAGCAUCACCAACGACCAGUUGCAGGGGAAUGAGGGCACAAAUCAUCAUGAUCAUCAGCAACUGUUGACGGAUAUCGCAAGGUUGAGGCGAGAGCGUGACCAUCUCGAGGCCACCCUGCAGAGGCACACCGGAGAAGACCUGCCAUCGGGCGCGGCCGCGGCGGAGCUCCGUGAUCUGGAGCAGCGGCUAGAAUGCGCGUUGGAUAAAGUCCGUGAAAUGAAGGAUAAACUGAUGGAGGAGCAGUUGGACGAAUCACACAACAGGAUGCACAUCCUGGAGGAGCAGAACAGCUUCCUUCGCCACAUGAUGAGCGAGGAGGGGCGGCAACGUGCUGCCGUGGAGGCGUCGGCGGUGGUGGCGGAGCUCAUGGCGCCGAUACAGCCGGCGACGCUGUUCGGGGGCUUCUUCCCGGAGGUGGAGGAGGAGGCAGUGACUUCGCUGCGGCUGUGGCCGUAGCAGCUCCCCUGGCCCGGGGCUGGAACUGUUAUUUUCCAGAUUGAUGAGUAGAAGGAGAUGAUAGACUGACGGAAUUCGACGGAGGUUAAUUAUUUUUAGCCAGUGAAACUUACUAAUAGUAGCAGGCCACUAGUACUUACGUUCUGAGGCCAUAUAUAUAGGUAACAAGUAGUGG